AUGGUCAAGUCAAUUGCUGGUUCCAAGGUUCUCCUGCUCGGUUCAGGCUUCGUCACCAAGCCUACCGUUGAAGUCUUGAGCAAGGCCGACGUGGAGGUCACUGUCGCCUGCCGAACCCUCGAGAGCGCCAAGGCCCUCGCCUCUGACUUCAAGAACACCAAGGCCAUCUCCCUGGAUGUCAGCGAUGAUGCCGCUCUGGACAAGGCAAUGGAGCAGGUCGAUGUGGUCGUCUCAUUGAUUCCCUACACUUUCCAUGCUACCGUGAUCAAGUCUGCCAUCCGUACCAAGAAGCACGUCGUCACCACCUCCUAUGUCUCCCCGGCCAUGGAGGAGCUCAAUGAGGAGUGCAAGAAGGCCGGUAUUACUGUGAUGAACGAGAUUGGACUGGACCCGGGUAUUGAUCAUCUCUAUGCCGUCAAGACCAUCUCCGAGGUUCACGCCGCCGGUGGCAAGGUCACCAGCUUCAUCUCCUUCUGUGGUGGUCUUCCCGCCCCCGAGGCUUCCAACAAUCCCCUUGGUUACAAGUUCUCUUGGUCCAGCCGCGGGGUGUUGCUCGCUCUCCGCAACGCUGCCAAGAUCUACCAGGAUGGCAAGGUCGUCAGCAUCGAUGGCCCUGACUUGAUGGCUACCGCCAAGCCUUACUUCAUUUACCCCGGUUUUGCUUUUGUGGGCUACCCCAACCGUGAUUCUACCCCCUUCCGCGAGCGUUACGAGAUGCCCGAGGCCCAGACCGUCAUCCGUGGUACCCUGCGCUACCAGGGAUUCCCGGAGAUGAUCAAGGUUCUCGUCGAUAUUGGUUUCCUCAAGGACGACGCCAACCCCGUCUUUGACAGCGCCGUCCCUUGGAAGGAGGCUACCGCCAAGGUCCUUGGUGCCGCCUCUUCCUCGGAGCAGGACCUCACCUCCGCCGUCCAGAGCAAGACCAGCUUCCCCAACAAGGAAGAGCGCGAUCGUCUUCUCGGCGGUCUCCGCUGGAUCGGCCUCUUCUCCGACGAGCCCAUUACGCCUCGUGGCAACGCCCUCGACACUCUUUGCGCCACCCUAGAGAAGAAGAUGCAGUACGGACCCAACGAGCGUGACAUGGUCAUGCUGCAGCACCGUUUUGAAAUCGAGAAUAAGGACGGCUCCAAGGAGACGCGAACCUCGACCCUGUGCGAGUACGGUAACCCUACCGGUUACUCUGCCAUGGCUAAGCUGGUGGGCGUGCCUUGUGGUGUGGCUGUCAAGCAGGUCCUUGACGGCACGAUUUCUCAAAAGGGCGUUCUUGCUCCCAUGACCAUGGAGAUCUGUGCUCCCCUCCUCAAGACUCUGAAGGAGGAGUAUGGUAUCGAGAUGGAGGAGCGCACUCUGUAA